GCUGAGAGAAGCGGCGGGGCGAGCCGGGGGCUCCAGUGAACAGCGCCGCCGGACGGGGAUCACCGGCGGGCGGCGAGCGGAGGCGGCCCGGGCCCGGCGGUCUCCGAGAUGUCACGAUGGCUGUGGCCAUGGUCGAACUGUGUGAAAGAGCGGGUCUGCCGCUACUUGCUGCACCACUACCUGGGCCACUUCUUCCAGGAGCACCUCAGCCUGGACCAGCUCAGCCUGGAUCUCUACAAGGGCAGCGUUGCCCUCCGGGACAUCCACCUGGAGAUCUGGUCUGUGAACGAGGUGCUGGAGUCCAUGGAGUCGCCACUGGAGCUGGUGGAAGGCUUCGUGGGCUCCAUCGAGGUGGCCGUGCCCUGGGCCGCCCUGCUCACCGACCACUGCACGGUGCGCGUGUCCGGCCUCCAGCUCACCCUGCAGCCCCGCCAGAGCCCAGGGCCAGGGCCUGCGGACUCCCAGAGCUGGGCUUCCUGCAUGACCACCAGCCUGCAGCUGGCCCAGGAGUGUAUGCGGGCCGGGAUGCCGGAGCCCUCGGAGCCGCCGCAGCCGCUGGAGGGGCUGGAGAUGUUUGCCCAGACCAUCGAGACUGUGCUGCGGAGGAUCAAGGUGACCUUCCUGGACACGGUCGUGAGAGUGGAGCACUCGCCGGGCGACGGGGAGCCAGGCGUGGCCGUGGAGGUCCACGUGCAGAGACUGGACUACUGUGACGAGGCCGUGCGAGACCCGAGCCAGGCGCCGCCGGUGGACGUGCACCAGCCGCCCGCCUUCCUGCACAAGCUGCUGCAGCUGGCCGGCGUCCGCCUGCACUUGGAGGAGCUCCCGCCCCAGGAAGAACCUCCGGAGCCCCCCCUGCAGAUCGGCAGCUGCUCAGGGUACAUGGAACUCGUGGUGAAGCUAAAACAGAACGAAGCCUUCCCGGGCCCCAAGUUGGAGGUGGCGGGACAGCUGGGCUCCCUGCACCUGCUGCUGACCCCAAGGCAGCUCCAGCAGCUUCAGGAACUGCUCAGCGCCGUGAGCCUCCCAGACCCCGAAGGCCUGGCUGACAAGCUGAACAAGAGCCGGCCCCUGGGCGCCGAAGACCUGUGGCUGAUCGAACAGGACCUGAACCAGCAGCUGCAGGCGGGCGCCGCGGCGGAGCCCCUCAGCCCGGACCCCCUUUCCAACCCCCUUCUGAACCUGGACAGCACCGACCUCUUCUUCUCCAUGGCGGGCCUCACCAGCAGCGUGGCCUCGGCCGUGUCAGAGCUCUCGCUCUCGGACGUGGACCUGGGCUCCUCGCUGCACAGCCGCGUGGGCUCCCGCCGGGCCUCUACCCAGGCCCCCCGAGCUGGCAAGGCGGCCCCCACGCCCCUCCCGGACACCCUGCGCCCUGACUCGCUGCUGAAGAUGACUUUGGGGGGCCUGACCUUGACCCUGCAGCAGACGUCCGCCCCGUCUCCUGGCCCACCUGACCUCGCUGCCCGCUUCUUUGCCGAGUUUGACGUCGCCAAGGAGGGGCCUAUCGGCUCCCGCGACUUCCACCACCUGCGGCCCCGCUUCCAGAGAGCCUGUCCCUGCAGCCACGUGCGGCUGACGGGCGCGGCGGUGCAGCUGUCCUGGGAGCUGCGCACGGGCGGCCGAGGCCGGCGGACCAGCAGCACGGAGGUGCACUUCGGGCAGCUGGAGGUGCUGGAGUGUCUCUGGCCCAGGGGCGCCUCGGAGCCCGAGUACACGGAGAUCCUGAGUUUUCCCAGUAACCUGAGCUCCCAGGCCUCAGCUCGGCCUUCCGCCCACCUCCGCCACACCCAGACCCUGCGCCGUGUGCCCAAGAGCCGACCCCGGCGCUCAGUUGCCUGCCAUUGCCACUCAGAGCUGGCCUUGGACCUGGAUGACUUCCAAGCGGACGUGGAGCUCGGGGCCCUGGACCGGCUUGCUGCCCUGCUGCGCCUGGCCACCACGCCCCCCGAGCCGCCUGCCGGCCUCCUGGCAGAGCCCCCGCCGAUGACCGAGCAGCAGACCGUAUUUCGGCUGGCGGCGCCCCGGGCCACGCUGCGGCUGCGCUUCCCCAUCGCCGACCUGCGGCCCGAGCGCGACCCCUGGGCAGGCCGGGCCGUGCGGGCUGAGCAGCUGCGGCUGGAGCUGAGUGAGCCCCAGUUCCGAUCAGAGCUUAGCAGCGGGCCCGGGCCCCCAGCCCCCACCCACCUGGAGCUCACCUGCUCCGACCUGCAUGGUGUGUACGAAGACGGCGAGAAGCCGCCUGUCUCCUGUCUCCGAGUCUCCAAAGCCCUGGACCCCGAGAGCACUGGGCAGAAGUACUUCCUGCCCCAGGUAGUGCUGACCCUGAACCCCCAGGCCAGCAGCGCGCAGUGGGAGGUGGCCGCACAGAAGGGAGAGGACCUGGAACUGUCCACGGAGAGCCCCUGCGAGCUGCAGGAGCCCGAGCCCUCACCCUUCUCCUCCAAGAGGACCAUGUACGAGACGGAGGAGAUGGUGAUUCCCGGAGACCCCGAGGAGAUGCGGACAUUCCAGACUCGGACCCUGGCGCUGUCCCGCUGCACCCUGGAAGUGACCCUGCCCAGCGCCCACAUCUUCCUGCCCAGCAAGGAGGUCUACGAGAGCAUCUACAACAGGAUCAACAACGACCUGCUCCUGUGGGAGCCCGCGGACCUGCUGCCCGCCGCCGGCCCCGCCGCCCAGCCGCCCGGCCGCCCCAGCCCCUCUUCCCUGCCGCACGACAGCUUCAAAAUGUGCAAGUCCGCCUUCAAGCUGGACUCGGAUUCAGACGAUGAAGACGCCCCCUUCUUCUCCGUGGGGGCAUCGGGCGCCCCCCAGCAGCCGCCGGCCGCCGAGCCCUCGAGCUCUGCUCUUUCCCAGAGCACCCUGUCCACCCUGGUGACGGUGCUGAAGGGUCGGAUCACAGCGCUCUGCGAGGCCAAGGACGAGGGUGGCGGGCGGCUGGAGGCCGUGCACGGGGAGCUGGUGCUGGACGUGGAGCAGGGCACCGUCUUCAGCGUCUCCCAGUACCGGGGCCAGCCUGGACUCGGCUAUUUCUGCCUGGAAGCUGAGAAGGCCACCCUGUACCACCGAGCGGCCGUGGACGACUACGUGCUGCCCAGUCACCUGGAGCUGCCCAGCUGCCCCCCGCCGGCCCGGCUAGCCCCCACCAUCUACCCCUCGGAAGAAGGCGUGACUGAGCAGGGCGUCUCGGGCCGCCAGGGCCAGGGCCGGGGCCCGCACAUGCUGUCCGCUGCCGUGCGUAUCCACCUGGACCCGCACAGGAACAUCAAGGAGUUCCUGGUGACGCUGCGGCUGCACAGAGCCACCCUGCGCCACUACAUGGCCUUGCCUGAACAGAGCUGGCACGCCCAGCUGCUGGAGUUCCUAGACGUGCUUGACGACCCCGUGCUGGGCUACCUGCCGCCCACGGUCAUCACCGUCCUGCACACACACCUGUUCUCCUGCGCCGUGGACUACAGGCCGCUCUACCUCCCCGUGCGAGUCCUCGUCACCGCGGAGACCUUCACCCUGUCCAGCAACAUCAUCAUGGACACGUCCACCUUCCUGCUCAGGUUCAUUCUGGACGACUCGGCCUUGUUCCUGUCCGACAAGUGCGAGGUGGAGACCCUGGAUCUGCGGCGAGAUUACGUCUGUGUCCUGGGUGUCGACCUCCUGGAGCUUGUGAUCAAAACCUGGAAGGGGAGCACCGAGGGCAAACUGAGCCAGCCGCUGUUCGAGCUGCGCUGCUCCAACAACGUGCUGCACCUGCACAGCUGUGCCGACUCCUGCGCCCUGCUGGUCAACCUGCUGCAGUACGUACUGAGCGCGGGCGACCUGCACCCCCCGCCCCGGCCCCCCAGCCCCACGGAGAUCGCCGGCCAGAAGGUACAGCUCUCGGAGAGCCCCGCCUCCCUGCCCGCCUGCCCCCCGGUGGAGACGGCCCUCAUCAACCAGCGGGACCUGGCCGACGCCCUCCUGGACACUGAGCGGAGCCUGCGGGAGCUGGCCCAGCCCUCAGGUGGCCCGCUCCCUCAGGCCUCUCCCGUCUCCGUCUACCUGUUCCCAGGUGAACGGAGUGGGGCCCAGCCCCCUUCGCCUCCUGCCGGGGGCCCUGCUGGCAGCGUAGGGGCCCGGUCCGAGGCGAAGGAAGAGGAAAAGGAAGAGGAGGGGGAAGCAGACACGCUGGACAGCGACGAGUUCUGCAUCCUGGACGCCCCUGGCCUGGGCAUCCCGCCUCGAGACGGGGAGCCUGUGGUGACACAGCUGCACCCAGGCCCCAUCGUCAUACAGGACGGACACUUCUCGCGGCCGCUGGGCAGCACGGACCUGCUGCGGGCCCCCGCCCACUUCCCCGUGCCCAGCAGCCGCGUGGUGCUCCGCGAGGUCUCGCUCGUCUGGCACCUCUACGGGGGCCGGGACUUCGGCCCCCACCCUGGCCACAGGGCGAGAGUUGGCCUCCCAGGCCGGGGCUCCCCUUCCCGCUGUUCCGGCCCCAACCGGCCCCAGAACACGUGGCGGACGCAGGGGGGCAGCGGGCGGCAGCACCAGGUCCUCAUGGAGAUCCAGCUCAGCAAGGUGAGCUUCCAGCACGAGGUGUACCCAGCGGAGCCGGCCCCCGGCCCGGAGCUGGAGGAGCGGCCGCUGUCGCGCCAGGUGUUCAUCGUGCAGGAGCUGGAGGUCCGGGACCGGCUCGCCUCCUCCCAGAUCAACAAGUUCCUGUACCUGCACACCAGCGAGCGCAUGCCGCGGCGCGCGCACUCCAACAUGCUGACCAUCAAAGCGUUGCACGUGGCCCCCACCACCGCCGUGGGCGGGCCCGAGUGCUGCCUCCGCGUCUCCCUGAUGCCCCUGCGGCUGAACGUGGACCAGGACGCCCUCUUCUUCCUCAAGGACUUCUUCACCAGUCUGGCAGCUGGCAUCAACCCCAUGGUCCCAGGGGAGAGCUCUGCGGAGGCUCACCCUGAGACGCGAGUCCGAACCAGCAGCCCCCAGGAAGGGCAGCCGGAGGCCGCGGCGGGUGGGCCCAGCUCCCCCUCGGCAGAGCGGCAGCCCGUCUACUUCAGGGAGUUCCGCUUCACAUCGGAGGUGCCCAUCUGGCUGGAUUACCACGGCAAGCACGUCACCGUGGACCAAGUGGGCACCUUCGCUGGCCUCCUCAUCGGCCUGGCGCAGCUCAACUGCUCGGAACUGAAGCUCAAGCGGCUGUGCUGCCGGCACGGGCUCCUGGGUGUGGACAAGGUACUGGGCUAUGCUCUCAACGAGUGGCUGCAGGACAUCCGCAAGAACCAGCUGCCCGGCCUGCUGGGCGGCGUGGGCCCCAUGCACUCGGUCGUCCAGCUCUUCCAAGGGUUCCGGGACCUGCUGUGGCUGCCCAUUGAGCAGUACAGGAAGGACGGGCGCCUCAUGCGGGGGCUGCAGCGGGGGGCUGCCUCCUUCGGCUCCUCCACAGCCUCCGCUGCCCUGGAGCUUAGCAACCGGCUGGUGCAGGCCAUCCAGGCCACGGCGGAGACCGUGUACGACAUCCUGUCCCCGGCGGCACCCGUCUCCCGCUCCCUACAGGGCAAACGCUCUGCCCGCAGGCUGCGCAGAGGCCAGCAGCCUGCCGACCUGCGGGAGGGCGUGGCCAAGGCCUACGACACGGUUCGGGAGGGCAUCCUGGACACGGCUCAGACCAUCUGUGACGUGGCGUCGCGGGGCCACGAGCAGAAGGGGCUGACGGGCGCUGUGGGGGGCGUGAUCCGCCAGCUGCCGCCGACCGUGGUGAAGCCGCUCAUCGUGGCCACGGAGGCCACGUCCAGCCUGCUGGGGGGCAUGCGCAACCAGAUCCUCCCCGACGCCCACAAGCACCACGCCCUCAAGUGGCGCUCCGAGGCCCAGGACUGAGCCGAGGGGCGCCCGGGACCCGGGGGCGGGGGGCCGUGACCCACCCCAGGCUAGGCCUGGACCCUUCAGGGGACGCCACUGUGAAGGGCCUGCCUGGCCCCCGUUGCCAGUUCGCCGCGAGGCCGGGGCCCUGCCCUGCGGCCUCAGCCUGCCUGCACUUUCCUUGGGCCUGCCCCGCCGGCCGGGCCCACGCCGCCGCCCGUCCCAGGACGGGCGCUUCCGGACUCUUGGACCUGACCCCACUCAGCCAAAUGUCGUUCCGUGUCUCGGGGGAGGCAGGGGACAGACACCGUGUGGUUCAGUGUAUUUUUACGCUCCUUGAGCGUGUGGGUCGGUGUCUGCAUGAAGUGGAAUAAACCGCGCCCACCGCCA